AUGGAGGGAGGUGGAUCAGUGGCGUUACCACUUAAGAAAAAUGGUAUUGAAUCAGGAUUAACUCAGCUUCAAACAAAAUGGGGGGAAUUAGAAAAGGGUUUCCAAGAUUGGGUUUGUAAACAACCUUUACCUGUUGAAACUGCUGCUGUUGCUGCCACCCGUGCUUUACAAGGAGCUGCUGAGGGUUUGUUCUAUGGAACCCUUGCCAAGUCUGAAGUGGCCCGUCAACUUUUUCCUUUUGAGAUUUUCGGCGGAACUAUGUUGCUGAAAGCCCGUAGUUUGGCUGUUUUGAGGGGCACCAGUGGUGCUAUGAUUUGUGCAUUGAAAAGAAUUAGAGGAGGGAAAGACGAUACCGAGGCUAGAGCGUUUGCAGGUUUUACUUCUGGUUUCAUGUUUCAAACGUUCACACACAGUCCUCCUCGUAGCGGCCCAGAUGCAAUCGCAGUUGGUCUCUUCUUUGCUGUUUGUCAAGUUGUUGGGCACGAGGUAUAA